UGUAUCUGACAUUUUGCAUUGCCACCUCCCGCACUCACUUUUGACUGCACCUGUCGAUAGCCAAGAAGCAACAAUAAGUCGAUAUGCUGCACCUGGCCCAGCUGGUCUGCUCCAUUGCCUCUCAGUUCCAAAUACAGAUUCUAAAGCACCAAAAAUGGAAGAAAAGAGCCAAGGCCCUUGAGGAGCAUGCCAUGCCCACGAUGGACGUCUUCUGGAAUCAACAGCAACUCUUCAACAGCUUCGUAGCACCAAACAAUUGCUUUACGAAGUCAAUAAAGAAUGACGAUGACAUGAGCAAAGAAGGCAGCGAGAGACAAAGGCGCGUUAAGAUGGAGUGUGCAGCCAAAGAUUUUAAAGAAAAGAAAGCAAAGGAGCGGGAAGAGAGGAAGAAAGAACGGAAGGAGUAUGACCGGAGAGAAAAGGAGAAAAGGGAGCAUGAGGAAAAGAAAGAAAGGAGAAAAAAGAGGGAGGAGUAUGAAAACAGCCAAGAAGGGAGAGAAAGAGUGAGAGAAAGGAAGGAAGACGCAAGAGAGGAAACAAGAAAGCCAAGCAAAACAAGUGUGAAACGACAGCGUCAAAUGACUGAUCACUCGAUUUCAAUGACUUGAGCCACUGGUACUUUUUAU